CAAUCCAUCGUCUUUGGAGGGGAAAAGUCUGAUAAUCAAUACUUACUGAUCUACAACGACAACGACGACAAUCAUGUCCAGCAGUCAAUCCAGCGUAGCUCAUCUCAAAUCCUUGCUUGGCGUCCACCCAGGCUUCCCAAAAGAGGGCAUCACCUUUCUGGAUAUUUUCCCUCUACUGAGAUCCCCCAUUGCCUUCGAGACGCUCAUCACCCACUUCACUCAUCAUAUUCUCGAGGCUCAUGCCGGAUCCGCACCGGACGUUAUCGUUGGUCUGGACGCCAGAGGGUUCCUUCUCGGACCUAUCAUUGCACUGAGACUUGGAGCCGCUUUCGUCCCCGUCAGAAAGAGCGGCAAGUUGCCAGGAGAGAACUUCAGAGCGACUUAUGCGAAAGAGUAUGGGGAGGAUGUCUUCGAAAUGGCAAAGGAUGCUAUCAAACCGGGUCAAAAAGUCAUCGUGAUUGACGACCUCAUCGCCACUGGUGGAUCUGCUGCUGCAGCUGGAGAGCUCAUCAAGCAGUCCGGUGGCAAGACUCUCGAAUACCUCUUCAUUGUCUCUCUGCCAUUCCUCAACGGAGAUAAGAAGCUCGACGCCCCAUCUUACGCCAUGAUAGAGGCCGAGGACUAGGCUGAGGGUGUGGAAAAAAAGAUAUAGAGGAUAUAGACAUGCAU